UUUGGAGAAAGUCGCAGACUGUUCAGCCGAUUUCGUGUACCCAAAAAACACAACACAGCCUCGCACUUCCUCUUCGAUUGAAGGAGGAAGUAUAUCGUCAAAAUGGCGACCGAAAUUGGUGAUAAAACAUGGGAAGCAUUCUUGGACCAACACAACUCGCUCCUGACCUUACUCGACUCCCACGCUUCACUGUUGGCAGAAAUGCGGAAAUUUUGCCUCGACAAUAGUGCUACCAUGAGCCUAGUGCAAGAACGUCUAAAUACCACGGAGAGUCUGAUCGCAACCUUCAAACUGUCUACCGAGUCUUUGACGGACAUCACUAAACGGGAAGAGCAAGUCACUAAGGAGAAUGCAAAAGGACCUGAACCGGAAACUUUCAACGUCCCAAUCCCCGUUACUGCAUCGAAACCGAAGUCCAACCUGGCUGCCGAGCCUUUGCUGGAUCCCAGCGGGUUUUUCGCGGUCGACACAAAUCCAACUCCGAUCGAGCAACUUUACAAGAAGCCUAUAAUCGCAGUAAAAGCCAAGGAUGGUCCAAAGCGAAAAGCUUCUGGAGAGCAGCCUCCUCCAAACCUUGUGUCUGACAGCGAGCGCAUGCGAAAGAAACCGAAACAGGGUCAUGAGCGAGAAGAGACGGUCCCACAGGAGGAGGACGAUUCAUUCCUGAAGAAAGUCGAGGCAAGGUCGCGGGCGAAAGAAGAACGCAAAAAGGCCAGGUCAGACAAGAAGCGUAAAAGACAGAGCGGUGACUCUACAGGAAGUGCCAAAGGUCCGAAAAACAAGAAGCAGAAACAAAAGCAGGAACCAAAACUUGCUACAGCGGCACCAUCUGCGGCACCUCCAGCGGGCACGCAGGUGCAGAAUGGCAAGAGACCACACACCGAACCAAAUAACGAUGGCACAAAUGGACGAGCGAGCAAGAAGAAACGCCGAGGGUCAAAGAAUUAGGUGCAACGGACUUGUCUAAGAGAGUGCUAUAUUACUCGCUUGUUUUGACUUGAGGAGCAAGUAAAUGCCAACGCAUUUUCGGUGGCCAUUCCCACGAAUGAACAAUCGCAACAUGCACCUCUGCACAUGCCUCAAUUUGCGGUUCGCAGCAUAAGUUCAUGCUGUGUCACCCAAUCCGAACUUGACACCAUACCCUCCCUACCACCAACCGGUCCAAUCUCCGUGCUCCCGUUGUGUUGUACUACCUGAGCAAUCGGCAUAAAAUGGCUGCUUGGUCGGGAUUGGAAUGUCAGCUACAGCCCAGCUGGUUUCUGGACCAGGUACAUCCUGGCUCGAAAUUCUCCCCUUCUUUCACUGCCUGAACAUUAACCAUUAUCAAGGAUCAACAGCAGUCAGAACACGGAGGCGUUAGAUUUGAACGGCGAUUUUCAUGCGACUGACUGGGCCAUGCUUACACGAACCCAACGCUCCCUCGGACGACUUGAUUAGUCCACACCCAUCGUUCGGACAACAAAUUGGAACUUUCUGGUCAGUCUCCAAGCUAUCUGUCACGGGCAGAGCAGACAUUACACCAUUUCAACUGAAAGGCCUCGCACCAACAGACAUGAGCGAACCGCACAAAUCUCGCCUCGCAGCCCGGAAUUUUCCACCUCCAAUAAAAGCCACCAGCCCAAAGGUGGAUAUGGCCAGUGUGACCACCAGUUCAGCGAAUAGGCCUCGAAUGACACCACUUCACAGACGAACCUGUGCUGUUCGCGUUCCCAUCAUUGUUACCGACGGCGAGGCGAACCAGCGUUACGAACAGACCCAACACAGCGAGAGGGCGCGUGAUGAAGUGCUCCGACACGGCGUUAAAGUGCGGGACUUCCAGGCUGAGGUGGAUGCGAGGAGAUACGAGAGAGGCUGUGCCAUUUACUGCGCUGGUCAGAGCAUGCCGAGAUCGGAUUAUGAGCACGAGUAGAUGGUGUGAGAGGUGUUAGUGGACGGUCCUCAUGUCGAGUUUCAACGAGCUGUGCGGUUGUGUUGAAAGACCAACGCGGUCUGCCGAGACCCGUGCAUGGCACCUAGGGAGAUGCGCCUUGUGUCGCAAGAGAUGUCCCAUAUCCGGAUUCAGAUCUCGGUUUGUCACUCAAAUCGCACUUCGGGUUCAUAGCUCACGGCCGUGAUGGGGCUGGGAUGCAAAGUCGAAACCCUUUCUUCAGCCCCGGUCCUUUCGCUUCUGCACAGCUUCCUCGUCCCUCUCUUUCAGCUCGUCGACUUUCUUCUCGCCUUGGUUCCAGACUUCCCAAAUCUGGUCGACAAUCAUGCUCCCAUAACCUUCACCCUGCUCAAGUUUCUCCUGCUCUUCUUCUAACCGGCGUUGUUUCCAGUCCUCGUUCUGCCCUCUCG